UGUGGAUGAAAUAGGGAAAGAGGGUGAGUUUCUCAUAAGUCGUCAGAACUGAGAGGGAUCUCAUAACAGAGGAGACAGAGGGAUCAGACGAGGCUGUACUACAGCUGAGAACACACAGCAGAGAAGAAACAAAGUUAGACAUAUUCAGGAUAUCACUAACCUGACAUGAUGGAAGUCGUCCUAACCAGACUGCGGGACUUCUCCUGCAAAACCUCCACCUUUGAUGACAGUAAGGCAGCAGGACCGAGUGCAUGCAGGGAUCCUCGCAGCAGGGCGGGAUGCACAGCUGGAGAGGAAGCUGGAAAACUGGACAUAGAGAGCGCACUGGCCUGGCUGCGAAGAGAACUGAUGGAGAUGCGUUCCCAGGACCAAGCUCUGAUCCGGCAGCUGAUGGAUCUUCACUCCGGCAUCCAGGAGCUGAAGCAGGAGUUGUCAGAGGAGGAGCAAGAGGAAGAAACAGAUGAGGAGGAAGCAGAGGAGGAAGAGGAAAGCAGCUACUGGGACUCUGAGAGUGAACAAGGAAGUGGCAGCGUAUACUCGUCCGGCUCAGGAGGGGUGGGCGUUGCCAUUUCCUUUCUCAAGACACCUCCAUCCCUUUACUCAAGGGUUUUAUCAAAGAGGGUGUUCAACAGGAGGAGGUCUGUGCCUUGAAAAUAAUAAGAAAUAUAACUUUUAAAGUCUCUCAUCAACUUAUGUAGGCAGUCAACAAAGACAAGGUGGAGCAAGAUAAAUACAUUUGCUAUAUUCCACAAUAAAUUUGCUUACUUCUAUGUAUUUUUUUUUUCUUGAGAGAAGCAAAGGGUUUGACGAGUUGAGGGGAAAAAAGGAAAGGCCUGCUGUUUGUACAAUUUAAACCCCUUAAUUUAAAGCCAUUUUAAUGUCUUCUUUAGCUUACAAUGUAUCCUUUCUUAAUUCAUUCAUUCACAACCAUUUCAGACCGGUUGAAUUUAAAAUAACUGUUAGGUGUUUUUGGAAAUACACUUAUCUACUUUUGGCAAAGAGUUCAAGACAGGAAACCGAGGGAAGAGCUAGCUUGACUGCAAGCAUGUUGACUUCAUUUUUUGUAAAGAUUAAAAUAAAUGUGAUAUAUUGUUAUUUUGUGAACAAUAGGGGUGUUUAAGGUGGCUUUUGUUGACUUCAAUAGAGCCAUGCUAGCUGUUUGCCCUCGUUUUCUUAGUCUUUAUGCUAAGCUAACAAUGGCUAAAACAAGAGCAGUCUCAAUUUUGUCUUCAAACUUCUUCUUUUUUAAAUGUCUAAAAACAUUUUAGUAAGUGUAGAAAUGUGACAGAGGAUAUAAUAAGUCCUGUAUCAGACAUUGACCUAAAGGCAAUCAUUCAUGUAUUUGUGUAGCAUUGUGUGUGUGUCAGAAAAGCAAGAGAACGUUUUCUUCACCCUAUACACUCAAAUGAAUGUUAACAGCUGCUUGCGACACAUUAAAGCUGGUUUUACCAAACACUGUUGAGAUUGUGAUUUUUGUAUAUUGGAUAUAUCUUAUGAAUAAAUUCUAUAAUAUAUGUAUGUGCUGAAAGCUCACUGACCUUUAACGACUGUAACGGCAUGAAGAAUGGAUUCAAUGCAGCAGCCUGGAGUUCAUGCUUCGUUAUUGUUCACAUGCAGUGGUGAAUCAUUCUGGAGACAAUAUGACACUAUUCUUGAAUACCUCUUUGAGAAAGUAUUAUAGGGAUACUUUAGUUAGUAGUCAAGAGGAAACACACCUGUGAAUCCAUGUUUGAAAUGUUAACUGGGUCAGAUUGUUUGUGUAUAGAAUUUAAUAUUGAAUAAACUACUUAUGUUGAGUGUGAGACAUGGAUUAACAAACCAUCCUGAAAUUCAAACAG